AUGCCCAAAGCUUCUGCACGGACUGGCCUACCAGCCAUCUCGUCUGUCCUCAAUGACCCCAGAACCAGCAAGGCUGCCGCAAUGAUGAGGCAUGAGAUUGGGAAGCAGUGUCAGGCGGAAACGAGUCCACAUCCAUGGCGUCUGAGUGGCAGCCCGCGCCGCACCAGACAGAACUACCGGCGAGGAGGUCGCGCUGCCGGCGUUCCCAGUGCUUAUCCCAGCUAUGGCAGCUCGGGGUAUGGCGGCUACAGCUAUGGCUAUGGCGUUCGAGGUGGCUACUCCAAGGAAUCCAUUGAGUCUGGAGGAUCAGUGGAGCGAAAGCAUGCCUCUCAGGACCCCGGGUCACUGACCAACCUUCUCCAGCCCGUUGGUGGAAUCAGAGGGAGAGAUACAUCGAAAUCCAUCGUACAUGUACCGUAG